GCGAGCCACGAAAUCUACAAAAGCGCGCGAGCCGUUUUGUGAACGAAGAAAUGCUUUUAUGAUUCGCGUCGUUCGUUCCUUUUGCUUCCUCUGCUGCAGCCUUCGCUUGUGUCGAUGGACGAAAACUCCUUUUUAAACGAUACAGACCUGUCAUCGCUGCACACUAGUGAACCGCGAGCAACGUCGACAGUUCUCCCUGAACAACGGAUUCGCCGCUCACGCCCGGCAUGCUCCGACAUUGCCACGAACCUCUUUCGCAAUACCGGUGGCGACGACUCGUCUCUGGGCAUCUUAGGCAGCGGUGAUUGCCUAGAUUUCAGCCUUCUCGAAAUAUCUGCAGCUGGUGAACAGGCCUUGAUGGAGGAGGCAUCUUCAAGGAGGAGCUCAAACGCGUACCUGAAAGAACGCUUUGAUGUGUCUGACGCAGAUGUUGAUGCUCAGGCUGCACUGGGCUUUGAAGAAAGCUUCACGGAUGCUGCUGCAGAGAUAAUUGAACACGACGAACAGCAGUUCAACAGGGAGCAUCUUCUGGAUGCCUAUGAAGAACAAUCAUCCUGUGAAAGUGCACAGUUUGGCGAAAUCAGCCGGCCGUCGUGGAUGUCCAGUGGCGGCGACGAUCGCAUUACUAUCAGCGCUUACCUGCGAAGUCGGUCAGCACCAAUGGAUCAUGUAUUGGGAUUCUCAGAAGCACCUCCGCCCUUUGAAGAAGCCAAAGGCGAAUCUGCAUCAGCAUCUGAUAAGCUGUCUAUUCGAGACCUCGUCGAACAACAGCUUGGAAUGAGAAAGUCCACCUACAGGCAGCAGUAUGACGAUGAGUCACAGGAGACCAGCCUAACAUCGCUGCAUUCAGAGUCGGGCAUAGACUAUUCCUUGGAAGAUGCAUCUUCAAGCAGGUCGAAGGGGCUUGCCAACAGACAGACUGGUGCCACUCGUCUGAGCCAUGCAGCUUCUUCCAAGCGGGUCUCUCAAAUUGACAGGCAGGCUCAAGGGGACAGUUAUUUCAAGCGCCCCCUUGGCGCUGCUCCUCGUGCAAGAACAUCUCGGAUAUCCACUGCAUCAACGUCUUCUUCCGCAUCGAAGUCUCGUUCCUCCGGCCUGGGCUCCACAUGUUCAUCAACGGCAUUGCGGAUUCCUCCACGUGUUUCGUCGUCUCUUAAGAAAGACGGGUCACAGCUUCCAGUCCGCAGCAGGGCUCCACAUCUUGGCUGCUCCAGGGGCCAGAACGUUUCCUCGCUGAAGUCCCCAUCAAGACUUCACGGCAAAGUGUCUCCCAUCGUCUCCAAGACCACGGCAUUUAAGUCGCCAGGUGCGUUUCGAAAGCUGUCGUCGAUCAGUAGUCCCGACCUGAGAACACUUAAAAGUGGCGAUGGGGACAAGCAACCCCUGGCAGCAAAGAGCAUAUGUAGAAGCGACGAAAACCUUCGUCCUGAAAGAAACCAUGAAGCCAUGAAAGAGGGCCGAUUGCCAGCCAGAGAACUGUUCAGUGGCUCCGGAAACUCUACCAAGAACCCAUCGAGCCAGUUCUUUGGUACAGCCAGUAGCAUCCAAACUUCUCGCAGCCCGGUGCUCUCGAACUACAAGUCAUGGCCUGCACCGUCAGGCCUGGUUCUUCCAAUGGGCUUUCUUCAGCAUUCGAGAGCAGAGCUUGGUAGGCUUUGCGCUGGAGCACCACAGAACGUCGUUCUUGCUUUGGUAAAUCCGACGGGGAAAAGCCGGCACUACCAAAUUCGGCAGCUUCGCUCAAGUGUUGAUGGCCGCACACCCAAGAACACCGAGACAGUCAACGUUCAAUUUCCAGGCCAGCACACUGUGGCCAGCGGCAGUUUUGCAGAAAUUCAGGGCUCCUUCCUCUCCCUGAGUCCUGGUUUUGUAGAAAUCGUGGUUGGCAUUGUCGCUGAGGACAAGGCUGGGGGUGGCCAUGAAAUCCUGCACAGCCUGACUCUGGCUGCUCGAGUUGAGGAGCCAUGCGUCACCCUGGAGCCAAGCCAGAACAUCAACUUUGAAGGUCUGCAUUUCGAUGCUGAACAAGGCGGUGCAAACAGCUGCAGCAGUCAGGAAGUGACUGUGAUCAACGAAAGUUCCUGCGCCGUCCCUGUUGUAGUUUGCAUACGCGGGGGCGAAGGAGUGUUUACUGUGAGGUCCAAGGAAGUCGAGGGCAACGAGGCUGCUGCAACAUCAUUUUCCGUCGUCCUUCCAAGCAAGGAGGAGCGCGCUGCCACUUCUUUUGUUGUGGAGUGCUCUACACAUAGUGCGGACUGUCUCACUGUCCAGGCCAAGAUGGAAGUGCUCCUGGAUGGUUGCCUGCUCUCUCGCAGGUUUCUGGCAGGAGUUGGCGUUUGUGUUUCAAUUAAGCCACCAUCAUUAACACUGGAACAUGUCAGCACUUGCAAGCCCUUGGAAGUGUGUUGCGGCAGGGGACGUGCUACUAGCGUCUGGCUGAAAAACGAUGGCCCUUGCUCUCUGGACUUGGAAUUGUCAGCUGGAGCGCUUUUCCAUGUGAGACCUGGAAGGUUCAGGAUUCAGGCUGCGGACCACAUGGAGCUGCUCAUAAGUGCUGCAGAAUCUGAUGGAAGAAUUGGGACACAUGGCAGUGACAGCAGGUGCGAAAGCAUCCUGGAAGCCACUGUCACGCCACAGGGCUUCAAGGUGGCCCUUGUCAACCUGGUGGGCUCCUUUGAGCAGCAUGCUGCAUCGGAUGCCAUGACAUUGGCCAGUGCGGCCUCAAAGCGUGCUGCAAGUGGAAACUGCAAGAAGUUUAUGACCUUGGAGAGCAACCGCAGGUUCCUGUUGUGGGCACACGUACACAACUUGGCAUCAGAGGCAAAGAGUCUGAAGAUUAGGAACCCAAAUGCUGAGCCUAUAAACAUGGAGGUCUCGGUGCCCAAACCGUACCACAAGCUUUUUCAAGUGGAAAUGCAAGCCGGAGACUGUAACCGCGCGUCAUCCACAUUGUGCCUGGAUGCCGGCGCGACCGUUGACAUCCAUGUAUCUAACGCCAACUGCAGCAGCCUGAUGGCAACGGGUGUGAGCUUCAUCGAGUCAAGGCUGGUCAUCAAGAGCUACAGCGCUAGCUACACAGAUGUCAAGAACGUGGCACUGUAUGCACUUGGAGGUGAGCUAAAAGUGGAGUUGCGCGACACACACUGCCUUGGACAAACACGCCACCUGGUGGACAUGGGCGCACCGCUAGCGGCGGGUGCCGUUUCUACCGAUAGUUUCACUGUUGUCAACAAAGGUGACUGGGAUGCAUUCGUCUACCUCGCAAUCCCUGGCAGCCCGCUCUUGGAGACUCCAAAAGAGUCUUCAAGUAAAGGUGGUCGAGGCACGAUUUCGGUGACUCCAUCCUGUUUUGUGCUGCGCCGCAAGAAGUCCAAGACGGUGUCGUUGACCUAUGAGUUUGGAGCCAUCGACGCGCAGCUGUGUGCUGGAGGUCAGGUUGGCACGCUGUCUGUCAUCCGGGUGCUGUUCGGCUUUGAAGCGCUGCGGCAGGCAGCGAAAAGGGUGUUUUCGAAGUCCUCUGGAUGCAAGCGACAUCCGUCAGAAAUGAUGUUGCCCUUCCUCGCAUCUUUUGAGAAUGAGGGCAAAAUAGAGGAGGUUAGUGUAUCGGGAAGCGUGGUGGAGCAGGUCUUCAUGAGAACAGUCUCCCAGGCAGUCGUUGCGGUCAUCGCCAGCGGUGGUGCUGCAGCAGCACUCAUACAGUCAUCUACUGCGGCAUCCUUCGCGCCUCUCGAAGACCUAACCUUUCUAAGCAGACUCAGCCUGUCCGAACUCGCAGAGUGAAGUGUUUCGCUGGAGGCCAGAGCAAGCCUCUGCCCUGCAACCUGAAAUGGGUUUGCCAACAUUUUAAUGCAUUUGUACACAUUCAGCCAACCAACAGCUGAUUAAACCAAAACUGGUUCUGUGGUGCUUUUCUUCUUCAAGCA